GACACGAUUAAAUAAAUUUUUAGUAUUUUGGGAUGUACAAACACACUCAGCACAAUGGUGGGAGUGAGACUGCAGCAUCUAGUGCUGCAUCACCAGAAGCUGCACUGGCAGCUGAGGUGCUUGAAAAGUUCAUAGCUGCAUCAACAUUCAAGUCUGUGUUACAUCAUCACCGUCAGAUCUGUGACUUGCUCAAACUCAGACCUGGCAACAUCAGACAGUUUUACCCUAAGCUCAGAGCCAAACUCAAGUCAUGGAAGGCUCAAACUCUCUGGGCAAAAUUUGAUAAGAGAGCUGCUCAAAAAUGCUACAAUCAUGGCAAAGCUUGUGCCAAUUCAAAGGUGCUGAUCAUUGGGUGUGGUCCCUGUGGACUGCGCACGGCCAUUGAAGCGCAGCUUCUUGGAGCUCAGGUUGUGGUAGUCGAGAAGAGGGAUCGCUUCUCUCGAAACAAUGUCCUGCAUCUCUGGCCUUUUGUCAUCACUGAUCUCAAAGCCCUUGGUGCCAAAAAAUUCUAUGGAAAGUUUUGUGCUGGCUCCAUUGAUCACAUCAGCAUUCGACAACUGCAGUGUAUCCUGCUGAAGGUAGCUUUGCUGCUGGGGGUCAGGGUGUUUGAGGGCCUUGGAUUUGAGGAGCUAAUCCCUCCUCCAGAAGAUCAAACUGAAAAGAUAGGCUGGAGAGCGCGGUUCAGCCAGCCAGACCACAGCCUGCAUCAGUAUGAGAUCGAUGUCCUUAUCGGUGCUGAUGGCAAGCGCAACACAUUAUCAGGCUUCAACAGAACAGAGUUCAGAGGCAAGCUUGCCAUCGCCGUCACUGCAAAUUUCAUCAACAGACGCACCGAGGGAGAGUCGUCGGUCCCGGAAAUCAGCGGCGUUGCAUUCAUCUUCAACCAGAAGUUCUUCAAGGAGCUGAAAGCUGCCACGAGAAUCGAUCUUGAGAACAUCGUCUAUUACAAGGAUGAGACUCAUUAUUUUGUUAUGACUGCCAAGAAACAGUCGCUCCUGGACAAGGGUGUCAUUAUUCAGGACUUGAUGGACACUCAGCAGCUACUGCACCCCAACAACGUUGACCGCGAGGCUCUGCAGGACUACGCCAGAGAAGCCGCCGAUUUCUCCACCGGCUACCAGAUGCCACACUUGGACUUCGCUGUUAACCAUUACGGUCACCCUGACGUCGCCAUGUUUGACUUCACGUCCAUGUUUGCCGCUGAGAAUGCUUGUCGCGCCGAGCAAGUGCGAGGGCAUAGAAUCCUUCUCGGGCUUGUAGGCGACAGUCUGCUUGAGCCGUUUUGGCCGACGGGAAGCGGGUGUGCGCGAGGCUUCCUCAGCGCGUUUGACGCCGCUUGGAUGAUGAAGUCUUGGGCGGCGCUGGGGCCCACGGGCAACCCUCUGGAGGUGCUGGCUGAGCGUGAGAGCAUCUACAGACUCCUGGCCCAGACCACGCCUAGGAACCUCAGUAAAGAUCAGAGCGCUUACAUGCUGGAGCCGUGGUCACGAUAUCCUACAAUCAACACUCGCGCUGUAUUGCCCUUCCAAGUUCGUCAUCUGUUCUCUACUGAUGACCCAGACAGCUUGGCUAUUUACGUCACAAGCAACACGUCCACUGUUGCCCCACACCUCAACCUCAAACACGAUACCAAAGAUGAUGACCUGCCCAGAAAACGCAAACGAAGAGACUCGCUCGUCGAUCCGGACGCAUUACUAAAAUGGUGCCAGAGACAAGUGUCGCAUCUCCCUGAGUUGGCCAUAGAAGACAUGACCACAGCCUUCCAGGACGGCUUAGCUCUGUGCGGUAUUUUGCACCGCUACCGCCCAGAGCUCAUCCCAUUUGCCGAGCUGUCGCCCCAGAGCAGAGCACUCAACAACCAGCUGGCUUUUGACGUCCUCCUCUCAGAGUUUGGUGUCUCUCCGAUAAUGACGGGUGUGGAGAUGGCAGAAGCAGAGGUGCCCGACAGAAUCUGCAUGAUCUCCUACCUGUCGCAGGUCUACCACGCCCUACGUGGCGAGCUCCCGCACAUCCCUUACGAUAACGACACGUGCGAUCCCAUUGAUGAGCAGCCAAUAUCUUUACCGUCGCGAGAGAGAGGCCUCCCGUGCCGCGUGCUGGGUGAUGAUUUACCCUUUGCGACCUCCACUCUGGACAAGAAGAGCAAGAAAUACCGCACUGAUAGAAUACUCACCGAGGAGGAAGCUGCUGCUGCCAAACGUCGACGCGAAGAAAUAUCAAACAACCGCACCGACCGCCUGACCCGACAACGCCAGCAGCGUGAACUGGACUCUGUGCGUUUCGUGCGGUCAAUGCGCAUGUUGCAGUACAGCGGUCUGACCAGACCGGCUGUGUGCGCGUCUGGCGACCCUGUAGAGGCCUCAUACAGACCUCAAGAAGACGCAGGUCUUGCUGAGUAUAGGAAGAACGCUGUCCUCUCCAUGCGCCAGAAAGCCAAGGACCUCGAAAAGAAAAUUUACUUUAGCGGCCUAGCCGAGCCUCCGUCCGCCGUCCGCAGAUGCGGUGCCGUUGAUCGUGAAGACUUCGACGACCGCGUCAAAUAUCUCGAGGCUAAAUUCAAGGGCGAGCCUCACCUCUCGCACUACCGCUCCGACAAGAAACCCAAGGACAUGGUGCGAGCGAUAGGCCGUCUGGAGAAGACCGACUGGAACCUGGCAGCCAUCGAGCGCAAGAUAGAAGACAACCCUCGACCCGUUGUGAGCGGCGAGGCCGAGAAAGUUCCCAAAUGGAAUCGUGAAGCUUACGAUGAAAAGAUGAACACAAUGGAGCGCCGACUGCGUGCUAAUGGCGAGAAGGAAGAGACCAUCGCCAAGUAUAAGGACGUCGACGCUUACCUCAAGCGGCUCGAGAAGAAACUCAGGGAGGGCUCCACGCUCGACGUGGGGCUCAAGGGCCAUAAUAAAGUCUCCAAUCUCGCCUCCCAACUCUCGUCCAAACUUACGCACGCAAAUGAAAAGUCCCUGCAGCAGCAGGUGCAGCAGAGCAGCAAAGCACCAAUGGUAGUCCAGCUGCCCACCACGUCCUCGGACAUCUGCUACUUCUGCAGCACCAGAGUCUACCUCGUCGAGAAACUCAGCGCGGAGGGCAAAUUCUUCCACCGUCACUGCUUUAGGUGUCACUACUGUAAUGUGCUGCUCAGAUUAGGAAAUUACAUCUACGACCGAGAGGGGCGCUAUGGCGGCCAGUUCUUCUGCAUCCCGCACUUCGGACUCACAGUGCCACGUAAAACAAAUGCUGGGAGCACCGAGAGUGCUGAUGAUGGGAAGAAGUACGGUGCUGCCGUGCUGAAGGUUCUGUGUGCUGACGGUGCAAUGGGUGUAUGGAGCACCGUGCUGUUGUGGUGGCUCGCACUCGUUCUUCUGCUCUCGCUCACCGAGUGGUCGAUAGACGCGUGGCCUUCCUGUCUACAUCUUCUGGCGGGGACAUCAAGAAUUGCAUUGCAAGGCCGUGCAGCAGUGACGGCAGCAAGGGACAGCGACGCUGCGUCUGGCAGUCGGUCACUGCCUGCGGUUGCCGCGACGCUGCCGAGCAAAGUGACCGAUGCGGUGCGAGCUGACAUGGAGGACCGAGGCACCACGCCCGAGCGAGUCGAGUUCGAGAACUCGCUCGUUGAGCAGGGCAGCGAUGAGGAAGAUUAUCUUUCUGAGGAGGAAUGGACCGAUCGAAACUUCGGGGCGUCAGCCAACGAACUUGAUGACUCGAGCAACGAUAGCGACGAGUACUGCGAUAGCGAAAGUGGGGAUAACGAUGAGGAAGAAGGGGAGAAAGAGCUGCGACUGAAUCAGACUCCACACCUCCCCAAAACCGACAAGAACGAUACAUCUCCUCGCUGGAAAGCAGGACGCUACGAGCAUCCGUACAGGAGCUGCAAGGGCGACGACCAGCUCGACUCUGACUCUGAGAGCGACUCGGAUGAGUACAGCGGCGAGUACGGUGCUGAGGGCGACGAGAGCCACACGGCUACAGAAGGCGAGGGUGACAAUGAUGCCGACGACGAUGACGAUGGUGAAGAGCUGCGGCUGCAACGAGAGCGUCGUAAGCAAGAGAUACGACACAUGGCACCUCCCAAACGCGCUGAUACUUCCGAUACUGCGUCUGAUACCGAGAUCGCGAGUGACGACUCUGUUGAAAGUGACACCCAAAUAGACACUGACUCUGAGUUCGGUGAAGAUGAACAACACAAGUCACGCGGUAGACCUCACCACAUCCCCACCAUAAUAAUUGGAGAAGAUGAUGCGGGUGCUGUUGCGGUAAAGGAUUCAUCGUCUCCGGCAAAACAAAAACCCACUUUGAAGUCUCAAGAGCGCGUCAUUGCAGCAGAAGACAAUGGAGCUGAGAAAUGCUCAAGCUUAACAAGUCUCUCGGACCUGACUGCGACUGUGGUUCCUUCAGUGAAUCCCAUGCAGCAGUUGCGGGCCAGGCUUGGACUGCACAGGACAGAGUCCAACGAAGCACUCACCUCCGAACGAAAUUUGCUACUGCGACGCAAGUAUCUCUUGGGGCAAGGUAGCAGUCUGCCUAAGAAGUCGGUGUCCACUGCUGAUUUAGGAAACAGAUUCAAGAGCUUCAUGGAGAAGAUAUCCGAAACCCAGAAGAUGUUGAAUCCUGCUCCUGAGCCGAGUCCUGCAAUGCAAGCCUAUAUUAACUCGGCCUAUGUUAAACGUAAUGCCCUAUCUCCCUCAACCCUUUUACCAGCAACAAAUAGCUCACCGACGAACGAUAAAUCAAUCUUUAAUCAUGCAAAAUUGGAGGAGACAGAAAUUUCAGCUCAGAGCUUGAAAGAAGAUUUGCGUACCAGCCUUACUGACAGUCGCACUGAUAGAAGAAACGAAUAUGAUAAUGAAAAGAAUGUUGAGUUGGAAUUUGGGAAGGUCAACGAAGCUGGUAUUGACGAGACGGCUGUUGAUACCACUAAUGAUGCUCUUAUUAUUCGUGAGAGUGAAGACUAUGAGCUAUCACCUGCAGUUUGCGCUGAUCUGAGUGCAGUCUUGUCAUGUUCUGAAGACGUAGUAGAAACCGUCAAUGAAGGACUCGUUCGACGAGAGUUGCCUGACGAUGUAGCGGCUGAUGACAGCGCGGUAAGCACCAAAUCUCUUCCCAGCGACGUCGAUGAUCUGUUCGAACAGUUAGCCCGCGAUGCUGAAGACGAGCCUGCUAGCUUUUUGAGUCUGACUGCCGCGUUAGAAGGAGACAAUAAUUCCAAUAUUUUAAGAUUUCAACCAGAGAACGUGUGUGAUACAGAAUCAGUCACAAAUUUGCCUCGGGAACUCCACUUCGAAAAUUCCUCUGAACUUUUGGACGAUACGAGGGACAAUAUAGUGGAUGAUAACACACCAGUUAGUGAGAAAUUAUGUUCAUCUAAUGAAGAAAAACUCCGACUUUCCUCAGAAGACGACUCUCAUGUAAUAAAUAAACCAGAGACCUUGCAUGAGAUGACAAUAGCUCCAUUGCUGUUAGCCCCUGGACUGCCACGCGUCGCUUCGAUGGAAAGUCUAGGAGAGACGGACUCAACUGCUUCUGCAAAUUUGCGUUUCUUUGCUGACGGUCUUCCUGCUACUCCUAAAAUGCCACCUCCUGUACUGGAUGCCAAUUCGACAUCUUCAGCAGAUGCUCGUCCUAAUAUGUUUACCGAAAUUGAUGCAAUAGAUUUCAUGGAUUUGAACGGCGAGGAAGUAAGUGAAGCCGAAAUACUCGAGACGACUUGCCUGCCUUCACAGAAACUGGAGCAAAGUGCCGCAUCUGUCAGCAUUGCAGAGGAAGAAAAUAACGUUGCACAUGAAAAUUCCGAGUCGAGAGAGCAUCCUUGUAGCCAUUCAACGAGCAAUAAUAUUUCCAACAAGAAAAUAUGUAAUCUUACAAUUGAGUCUGUUUCUGAUUCUUCUGCUAGUGAGAAUGAGGACUUGCGUGUAACAAAGGAGGAAUCCUUGGAAAAAUCACCAUCUUUAACGUCUUUGUCUCGACGUGCGCUUGAUGAUCAAACUCUAUCAAGUAGACCCACUAAAAUUACUUCUCCGGUUUCUAGUGCUGGCAUUUCCCCCAAUGAACAUAUUUCAGCUUCAGAGAAAGCAGCUCAAGCGUCGGAUCUGGGCAGCAAUAAAUUGAAAUCUCUUGAAACUCCAGAGCCUGCCUCUCCUUCUGAAGAGGAGAAAUUUAUUUCGGAUGUCGUUCCUCCGUCAGAUCGUAUGUUAGAUUUAUCGACAAGAUCAGCAAGCUCUUGUAGCUCGCCCUACGAUGAAGCUCUCGUGUACUCGUCAACUUCGAGCAACAGUGACGCAGUAAAAGCGAGCAGUCCUGCUAAACCAUCACCAAAUUCUGCAAAUGCGUCAAAACUUGAUCUAAGGCUCAGCAGUAGCAGCAGUAGCAAAGAAGCUUCCCUCUCUUCGCCUGACUUGGUGAAAAAUAUAACUUAUAACUCGAAUCUUGCCUCUUCUAACAAUAGUAAUUUAGUGUCGCCUGAUCGAACUAAGUUGGCUGUAUUUUCUAGUAGUAAUUCCGAACAGAGGAAAAUCAUAAGUAAUGGCGGAAGCACUUCUACAACUCCUACUAAACGCUAUGAAGGAUAUAUUCCGCGUUUUAAAGGACAUUUCACUCCUUUUUCUUUUGCCCGUGAUACUCUUGAUAUUAGAAAGGAUAAUAGACUAUCUUCGUCUUUAUCGUCUACUGAUGACAAAAGUCUACCAACUCGAACAUCCGAGUCUAGCGUUCCGGUCUCUCAGAAUCAAAUUCAAGAGCCGGCUAUCUCGGUUUUACAAACGAACCUAGAAACACCGUCAAUUGCUAAAACAACUACUGUAAUUGAAAAUGGUCUUGCUCUACAAAAGCGUGACAAGAAUGCCCUGAAUGCCAAGAAGAAAGACGGGGAUGUGGUGCAGCAGCUUGUUUUGUCACGCAUCUCCAGGAAAACUCCCGACAAAACUAACAGGCGCAACUCGCGCACGACUUUUUCUCCAUUAAGUUCUAAAGAAGAUCUGUUAGACGAAAGUAAAAGUUCUCCUGCUUCCAUUAGCACUGUUGGUGAGGGAUUGUGUAAGAGCAGCUCUAAUGUAGCCGGGCUUCUGAAUUCCAACAGUGGUAACGCAUCCGAUGAGUUCAAUAAAUCUACAGUUAGCUUAAGAGGAAGUGUCUUGCUAGAGUCAUGUCAGAAGAGUACUCCUAAAUUAUCUCAGUAUUCCCCCAGGGAUUCAAGGCUUGGAGUUAGAAGUCGCGCCAACACCGUUGGGUCUUUUUCAAGAGAACAUAAGGCUGUGUCUAUGAGUAACUUGCCUGCCACUCCUCUUACUCACCCCCAUCAGUUUGAAAAUGUAACCAAUUUUUCGCCAUCGCCUUUCUGCGUUACCCCAGUAUCCAGUGACGAUCAAGUUUCCGCUACUGGUACGUCCAUCACUUCAUCGCCAGCAACCAUCAUUUCGCCGGCCAUUUCCGCUACUCCUGUUAGUGCGACCAUCUUAGGGCUGGAUCUGGAACGAAGCCAGGCUCGAGGAAAAGCAAGAGAUUUAGCUAAAACUAGAUCAGAUCUUGACCUAGUCUCGAGCCCGCUUAACAUACAUGCCACUGUGAUGUCUCGGCUGCCUGAUGCCGAGCUGACUUCUGCGCAGGAUGCAAACGUCUCACCUUUGCGGUCUUCACAGAGAAGAACUUCAAGUAAGAGUGUUGUGCCCCAAGAAGGUUCUGAGGAGCUGGCUGUUCUAAGUGACCGCGCCAAGGAAGAGAGAGUUCGCAAGCUACUCGCCGAGCAACGAGCUCGCGAUGCCGCUGCUAAGCACAACAGAGAAGGUCGUGACGAAAAAGUCAUGGAGAAACUCAAAGAGUUUAGGGUUAAAAAAGAUAAAAAAGCUCAAGUCAACAAUGAUUCAGAAGAAUUUCUUUCUACUGCUGCUCUGCAGAAGAACGGGGUCGAGUUUGAACGCCAGCAAUCUAAACGACCGUCUAUGCUAGACUUGGAGUCCUUGCAAGUUUUUGUGCGGCCUCAGAUUGGUGUCGCGUCAGUUGUCCAUAUAGACAACGGCCUCGGGCCUGAAAUGCCUAGAAGCACCGACUCGCGCACUGAAGCCCCUCCGUCUUCGUUACCACCGAGCGCUCAAGUGCAGCACGGACAAUAUGGGGAACCCAGGCCUUCAGUGCCUUAUGGGCACCGCUUCAUGUCGGAGUCACCUGCUUCUACAGUAUUAACACCGCCUCUUUCCACUUCUACCCCCUUAGCUACGCCACUUUCAACCUCUACCCCACUAGCUACGCCACUUUCAACCUCUUCUCCCCUAGCUACGCCUCUUUCAACCUCUACCCCCGUUGCGAGUUCUUCUCUAGUUUCAGUUCCUGCAGCUACUUGCACUCCUUCCAGCCCUCCUCUGCUCACGCCCUCCCAGAUCUCGGCCUCUAAAGCCGCCGCCAGUCAGCACAUCAAGCCGUCUUCGGAGCGAAAAUCUAAGUCUAAGGACAGGGAGCGGCGACGGAGCCUUAUUCAAGUUUUUGCUGGAAUGUUCAAGUCAAGUACCAACGGCAGCCCGGAUGACCGACGUGCCUCUGGAGGGGAGUCGUCCUCGAGCGUGUCGCCACCUUCCCUCACGGUGCCCAAGAGUCCCGCCACUGCCGUCAGGGAUAAACUUGCCAAGCUCAGACUGCCAAAGUCUAAAGAGGCUAAGGCUGCGAAGAAGAGGUCCAAUAGCAGCGAGAUUCUGGACGAGUCCGUGGAUCCCCCUGAUGCUCGCCUAGCGUUCUCCCUGCCUACGUCUCCCGCCCACCACGCCUCCAGUCCGCCAUCAGGACCUGCCACCAGCAGCAGCGGUGGCGUCAGACAUGGACACCUGCAGCCUUCCUUCGCGCUCUCUACACCGCCGCAUGCUUCAGGAUGUAUGUGCAGGGUGCGGCAGGCACAGGAGAUACAGCGGCAGCUGCGGGAAUGCGAGGCCCGCACCAGAGAGCUUGAGCACCGAGGAGCUGUGGUGGAACGCAGCCUCAGGGGCGAGACUGGCGGUGAGGUGGGGGACGAGUCAGAGCUCAUGAGCGAGUGGUUCAGUCUAGUGCACGAGAAGACAGGUCUGGCGCGCUGGGAACAAGAGCUUAGCAUACGCGCCCGACAACUCGAACUGGAGGACAGAGAUGCCAGGCUGCAGCAGCGAACUGCUGUGCCUGGUUUCGACCCGAAGCUGUUGGAGGAGCUGACUUCAGUUCGGGAGCAGAGGGACCAUCUGAGAGCCAUGCUUGAGCAGGACCGACUUAGAUACAUCGAAGAGGACCGUGACAUUGAAACUGUGAUGAUAAGGAAAGGACUCCAGGUACCAGUAAGACGAGAAACCGGCGUAUGAUGUCGCUGAGGAACGUUGCCCCGCCACUUAUUCUUAGAUCCAGAGUUACCAGUACGUCUUUUUUCAUUUUAGCAACUCUUAAUUGAUCUACAAGGAAGAAGGAAUUUGCAAAGGCUCCCAAUUUAAAUUUCAUUCUAGGCGAAAUAUUUCAACUAACUGUGUCUAUUUUGCAUGCCCGCCUUGCGGAAGAUUUUCUUAAAGCUAAUCCAGCUCGUCUCACAGUGAUCUUUUAACACCUCACAUUAUCUAGUACUAUUUAUUUCGAAAAAUUGUACUCCUGUUCUAUUGCGAGUGUUUAAUUUUGCAUAUAACUGUACUGAACUUGAAUAUCCUGUAACCCUGGCCCAGUUUUUAGAACAGUUCAACCUAGAAAUGAUUGAGACAUCUCUCGCACUCUUACUCUAAACUUUACAGGGUCGAUUUCAAUACUUCCACCUAUUUAUAUGAAACCGCUUCUAAUUGUUCGAGUUUAUUCGUCGGAAAAACUCGCUCUAUUUUCCUACACGACUUGUGUACGUUGCAACUAAAUCAAGUGUUUUAAAUAGCAAUUCAUUGUUUUUCAUUCUUGCUACGGUGUGGUGUAAUGAAAACGCAUAUAACUCAUAUUUAACCAAUUUGCAAUAUACUCCGAAUGUGCUUGUAAUGAUGGUGAUUACGCUGGGACGUUCUAUUCCAAAGAAGUGUCGCCGCUUUAUUGUGAUAUCUUUUAAGUACAUUAUACUGAUCAACGGUUGCCUUUACUUAGCGAUGCAUGCCGCUGAUAAAUGAUCGUGGCCGCUUAACUUAAAAUCUGAGCGCGUUUUUCCUUACCCCUGCAACGCCAGUUAGUAGUUCGUAGUUGCUAUAGCAAAAUGCGAGUAGGGCAUCUUAGUGAAGCAGGCAAUCUUACGAGACAUUUUUCUUCCAAUUCUAGGCCCAGGUUUAAUUUUGAAUGGAAUAUCAGUCGACGAGAUUGUUUUACUUUUGAAGCUUUAAGUGUGUUUUGAUGUUUGGCGCCGUAUAGAGGCAUUAUCUUGCACGAUUUGUGUAUCGUUAGUCGUUUGAUGUUUGGUAGCACUUGUUAAGUUAAGAGAUCUUCUCAUUAUCGACUUCUAUUUUUGUCACAAGCUUUGUCUCAACACUCUUCUUUGUACUUUACUUGAUCACUAAUUAUUGUAUGUUGUUUUAUAAAUAUUCGUAUUAACCUUGUACUGUUGUCUACACAUAUAACAUUGUCGCGAUUUUUUCUAUCACUUCAUCGUAUUUUGCGUUUUUGAUUAGCCUCAAUUAUAUUUAUUCACGUCUUGUCCAACCAUCUGUCAAAUAUUCAAGUCGCAACUCUUUGAAUCCAGUUGGUAAACGAUACGAUGCAAUAUAUAUAUUCGUAGAAUAUAAGGAUAGAUGGGUUUCAUUAUGCUCAAAGGGCGCCGUGUAUUUUUGAAGAGCCGUCUUGAUUGUAUUAUUCAUAUUAGUAUUACUCAUACGACGACUAGAUAGAGCUUUUUAUGCAGUAUAGGUAGUUAACUUACCAGUUAAGUUUGCGUGUAUUUCUUUUGUAUGUAAAAUAACAAUCGUUAUUCACUUUACCUUUUAUGAUUUUGCUCUGCAAUCAAACCCUGUUCGUUUUUCUGCAUUAUGUGUGUAACUCGUGAAACUACUUACUGGGGUAAAGAGAAACCUUAUACUUUAUCUGACACUUGAAUUGAUCUCUUACCAACUCAAUCCAAAUCGUAAUUUACCCUAAACACUACUGUCUUCAUCCUGUUAUACUCUUUUAAAUUUUAAUCAAAACUUAGCAUUCAAAACUAAGGAAACUAAGGAAACAUAUUUCACAAAGUCUAAAAAAAGUACUGUGAACUUCUGGUCAAACGUUGAAGUGAAGUGUAAUGAAUUUACAAUGAAAAUGUUUCGCUGCGAAGGGAGCACUUUAUCUUUAUUAAAUCCUGUAUUCUUUUGUAAUUUCUACAAAUGAUUAUAACUUUCUGGUGUUAUAUACCUACUUAUUUUACACUAUUGCUCAUAUUUUUCAUGUUUGUCUAAUUUAUUAUGUGGCGUUUUUCUUGGGGUUGUGCAGUUGCAUGAUGUGUGUAAUUUAAUGAAAAUUGCGAUUAUUUAUCCUAAAAGUUCAUAUUUAAUUAAUUAACAAGCGUUAGUGGAAUUUUUCUCUUAGUAGAAACUGUGUUCAUCUUUCUAUGCAUGAUAAAGUGCAGUCGUGAUUGUAGAUGAAUUAAGAUAAGAGUGCGAAGUGCAAAGCGCGUGCAGAGCCUAUGAUCCGUUGUACUGAUGAUUGGCAGAGAUUAGGUCGAGAAAUUCAUUGAGUGAAAUUAUUGAGGCACAAGCCUAUAUUUAUUUUUAUUUCCUGUUUUUUUCUGUCAUUUUAUCAUCGUACUAUUUAUUUUGUUGACAGAUUUGCCGCUCGCAAAUUUUAAAGUCACGACAUCCCAUUUGUGAUGUACAAUUUUAACUUGAAAAAUGAUUCCAAAAUCUGAACAGACUUACGAUCUGACAUUUAUAAUACGAUCAUUUUGCGUCAUUUUAAAUGUCUGAAAUUUUGCAUGCAGCAUUAAUGGGUUCGAUGCUAUGCUAUAGUCCCUUAAAGUUCUUCACAAGCUAGAGGCCUGUCACUUUUUAGAUAACACCGCAUUAAAUUGUUCGUGCAAUGAUAUAAAUGAUUAAAUGUUGUUUCCACUACCAAAGUGAAUGAAAUGUGAUGAGGCACAGUUUAUGUUUGCUGUCUUGGGCUAUAGCGGUGACACUUAGGCCUAGUUACGCGCUAUCGCUGCGUCUCUCGUGAGCAGAUUAUAGUCUGUCCCACGGUAGCAGACUUUCAUCUGCAGCUUUUUCAUACAUUGUAACAUAAACACAAUUGUUUCUGAUUUUCAUUGAACUCGUGCAUGAUAGUUAAUUUUGCACUUGAAUAAUCGACCUAUGAAAUGUUUGAAUGGUCAUCUAGAAUCAUGUACUACAAUUACGUUGAAACCUCUACGUCACAAAAGUUCUGUGUAAAACUAUUUUGAUAGUGACCAAAUUAGGCUCAUAGCAAUUUUGUGUAUCAUUCUUUAAUUAAUAAUGAUGGAACGAACUUCAAGAAGUGCAUUAAUAGAGUGAUGAUACUUUAAGCUAAUCGCCUUCUUAUGUGUAAUGUAAAUAUGCGCUGAUCAAAUUAGCGUUAUCGAAUUAGUUGACGGUGAUUCGAAGCAGAUAAAUGAGCAAUUUGUUAGAGUAGAGCCCUUGAACAAUGAGUACCAUGUUCCAUUCCUUGUACUGCUGUUCCAGUCAGCAGAACGGUAGAUGCAUACAGGGUGUUGAUACAUGAUUGUCGAAUUAAGCAAAAAUAAUUCCAGCGACUAAGGAGUAAAGUUCUGAAGUAGGCACAAAUUUAUAGGACUGGACUUUUGACUCGUAAUCGUGGAGGCAGCUUAAGUCAAGUGUCUCAUUUGUUUCCGUGAAAUUGGAUGUCCUAGCAUUGAAGUCUAAUUGUCACUAGGAUAUGGUUUCGCACGAUAUGGUAUCGCGCGUCGGCUAACUUCUUUAUUAUGUACCGCAUUACUCUUUUGAAACUUGUAUACGUGUGCCGGAAUUCAAAUAGGCUGACUGAAUGAGCUCCUCCGGUUAAUUUAUUUUAUGGUCAUACCAAAUGAGAGAAUUUAGUUUUAUUUACGAGGAACACACUACUGAAUUCUUGUUCGACGACGUGUGGUGUAGGUAGCUAAAUUUGAUGCUUCACCCAGACUACAUUUACGUUUAAUAUUGACCGAACUUUUCUUUGUUCGUAUUUCUAAAUCUAUAUAACUUAUGUUGUUUUAGUUUGAAACUAGACCUUUGUGUGCUUGAUUUCUUAGUCAUUUGCUUUACACUUUUCCUUCUCUAGUUUUUUUUUUUCAUAUACAUUCUGGUUCUGUACGGAGACAGUUAUGCUUGUUUCUAACUUUUGUUUUUAUGGAUUCCAUUCUAUUUAUCUCGUCAAUCUUAAGUUUAAUGCCACUGUUAGAAGUGGGGCUCGCCUAUUUUUUUUUUUCUCGACAAAUUUAGGUUUCAGUUUAUUAUUAAGAGAUAUACAGAAGUGUGUGUUCCAUUUACUGUCUAUUAUAUUACUUUGUAUGGUGUUUGGAGCUACUUACAUUUGAGUUUUUUUUUACAGUGAAUACUUUCUUUUCCACAAAUUUGAUUAUUUGUUCGUUCACCUUUACACUGAAUCAUUUGGUUCAAUCUUAUCCAAAGUAUCUUUGAUCGGUGCCCGUUAUAUAAGCUUGAUCGAUUUUUUUGUCCGUAAAUCCGUCUACAAUUUGAAUUUCAUCACGUGCGCUAGAAGCAUAAACUGGUGUGUUAGACGUUAUUAUUCAUAUUAUAGAUUCAAAAAAAUAUUCUUGCAUAGCGCUCUUUACUCCGUAAUUCUGGUGCUCAUAUUAAAACCAGCUAUACUGUAAA